GGUCCAAAGUCCGAAAAAAACAGGGAACGACGCAGCCUCUGGUCGCAUUGAAUGUUGAUCAUCACUUCUGCACAGAACGGCCAAAACUACAAGCUGACACGGAGAGGGACAGAAAUUAACUCUGCAGCAGAAAAUCAUCAUCUGCACCAUGAAGAUGCUGACUGUGUUUUUCUUCAUUUGCGUCAUGAUGGCUCUGACCCCAACUGCUGACUGUUGGACAAUACCACCAACCACAGUACCACCUUGGCCAGACCAUCAUCUUCCUUCUUUUUCUUGCCCUGAUGGAUGGACUAUGUUCAGCAUGUAUUGUUUCCUCUAUGUUCCAACAAAAAUGACCUGGGAUGAAGCUGAGACUAACUGCAGGAGACGUUCACAUUCCUGGCCGGCAAACCUUGCAUCCGUGUUUGACUCUGAGGCCGCCCAUGACAUUCGUGAGGUGCUUAAGAGUGCCGGUCAUGAGCAUGGAAAAGUAUGGGUUGGAGGCCAUAGAACAACACAGAAUCCAUCCUGGUCCUGGAAUGAUAUGUUGGGUUUCAAUUCCUUUCAUGACUUCUGUUCUGUAGACCAUAAACAUCACUGCCUGCACCUUACCUUUGAAGAAAAUGAGGCGGGAUGCCUGGAUGACAUGGACUGUGAGACUAAGCUCCCAUCUGUCUGUGGCGUGAUCCUCAUGUGAUUCCUGAGCUGAAACAGAAACUUAAUGCAUCUGUAGGAACAUGACUGGAUGAGUUAGCUAUGUAACAUGAAGGCUUGAUAACGCAUUUUACAUAUUUCUCUUCUGUAUCUGUAACGCUAAGUUAAGGAAUGAAGCGACAAGUAACAUAAACAAGAUGGAUUGUCUCUUUGGCCUUUUGGCUUUUAUAAGAGAAGACUGGACGUGUUAUGAAAAGAAUGCCUGUUCUCACGACUUUCUGUAUGCAAGAAUAAACUUUGAUGCUAAAAAGACUGUAAAUGUGUCAGAUAUCCACUUGAUAUAAUUAACUCUGAAUAUAAGCCUCACAUCAACUUUUAAAUAAAUUUUUGCUCAAACGUAGAACAGAUCUUGUCCCCAAUCACUUUCUUAGUGCAUUAUGAAGGGAUCUCCUAGUAUAAACAGGAG